AUGACAGGUGAGGGUUUAGAAACAGUCUACGAGUGUAAACAGAUGACAAACAUGGAACGAAAUGUAACUAGUGACUCAAAUUUAAAGUUAUGUAAGGCGUCACCAACAUAGGUUCAGUGAGAAUGUCAUACUACUGUGUAACAUUUUUGUUAGCCUGCGUAGCUGGCGGUAUUGUGUAGUAGUCGAGUGAGAUUUGGCGGCGGAGCCGUUGUAAUAUAUUCGAGUGAGAUUUGACGGCGGAGCCGUCACGAGCGGCGAAGCCGCGAGAAAUACCGCCUGCCAGAGAACCAUGAUUUUUCGAAUGCCGCCCACUUUUGUCACCUUAGCUGAUCCCAAUUAAAUCAGCAAUUUGAAACUUCCGAUUAUUUUCACGCGGGACAGUUUAGAAAUAAGCGUUGACAGGCUAAACACGACUCCUAAGCUCGUGAUAAUGUGAAACGUGACCUUGUGAGUUUAGUUGAACCGAGGUUUUUUUAUUUUCUCAGCUCUCGCGCGAAGGUUACUAGCAUUACACAGUGCAUGUAUCAUUCUAAACUUUGACUAGGCUUAACAUUAAAAGGUCAUGAAGCUGGUUUGUUACAUGCAUACUGAGUAACCAUUUCCUGUGGUUUAUUCUUCUGUAGGUGUUCCUGAUAGGAUUUGAUCUCAGAUGCAGUUGUAAAGUGUUCUAAUUUUCUUUGACCUUUGUUUCUUACGGCUAAAUAAAGACAAUUGCAGCGCUGUGAAGUUUAAAGACGCCAUUUCGGCUAUUUGGUCAUCAAUUAUACUGUUCUAAAGGGGAAACCACAAUCACUUACGUUAGUUUGCCAUCUGCUCCCUUAAUUGGGAAAUAUAUGCGCAGGAUCAUCUAACAUGAUUGACAUAUGUAUGGCCCUCGACCAAUCCGUUUCCCCGCACACUGGUGUGCGGACUAUUCAAAAUACCGGGGUUUUCUGGCAGGCGGUAUUUCAACCGCCUCGUCCCUACUCCCUUUUUUUGGGACACGGCUCCGCCGCCAAAACUUUAAUCUCGAUUCCACACAAUACCGCCAGCUACGCAGGCUACAUUUUUGUUCGGAAAACCGCUUGUCAAAAAUGCCUUUUCUAUUCCUUUUCUCAAAAAAAAUGCUCGGAUUGACCGGAUUGUGAAUCUCAAAAAUUCGAUUUGGAUUUGAUCCGAAGAAUUCACUCAAGGUGUGGAUUUUAUGGAUUCAUGAUCCGUUUUUGGAUUUGCCUAAGAAACGCACCCUGAGUUGAACUGCUUGCAAAAUACAGGCGUUAUUGAGGACGUAUACAAAACAUGGACUCCCGACACCCCUCUGGACCUAAACCAUGGACCUCUCGGUGAACUUGGUCCAUCGACUACCCACGUGGAAAACCCCUAAUUUUUGAUGAUAACUUUUUACCAGAGGUCUAGAUGAAUUUAAGGAACCUUAAAUGGACGAAAUUUUCUCAGUUUAUAGCGGAGCUCUCGCGCGCGAAGCGCGCGCAGCGGAGCACCAUGGGUAAGAAAAUGUGGCAAACUACCCAUCCGAGAAAAUUUGGUAAUCACCUGACCGUACACCGACCGACCGCCCGACCUUCCGUCCACACCACAGGCAUACCAAUGUAAAAUAACUCAAUCAACAGGUAUGGCAACCCAAAUGCAACUCGAGGUUAUUUUGACGGGAAGUCGCGUAGCCACCCGCGUCUUGUUAAGCAGAGACAACUAAAGAGUCAAUGAAGACGAAAAUAGAAAGCGGAAAUUGUCUCCGUAUCCGUGUUGUCUAAAGUAUUAAGCUUAGAUUAAUUGUCAUGCCCACAAAUUUGGAAUAUAGAGCAAGAGAAAUACAGAGAAAAAGAGAAAGUAGGCAGCAGACCAGCGAAGCUCAACGAGAAAAAGGUCGACAGAGAUCUAGAGCGAGAGAUGAAAAACAAAGGAGACAUUUUUUUGUUAGAGGAACAACAUGAAAAUUUUGUAGCGGCGGUAACAAAAUGAGAAAUUCUAGCGGCCACUAAUGCAAGGUGAAAAUGAGCGGCAGUGAAAAUAAAGUGAACAAGAAAACGUACGACAAUUUCUCCAUAAAACGUGUAACUAAGACAUUUCUGGAAGUUUUACGUUGUGGUCGUGCAAAACAACGGCAAAGAAAUGUACAAAAAAAAAAGUGUGCUGCACGUGCAAAGUUGCCUUUUUGCUAAUUAGACCUAUUGUCGUUUUUCACCGUUCUCCGGCGUUACCUUCGCCGCUUAGCAUCGCACGACUUUAUAUUUUGUUUGAGUAAACUAUAGAUAUUAUCGAGAGCAUCGCAUUUAGCCCUGGCUAAAUCUACAUAUUAUUAUCAGGAUUAAAGGCUCUUCAUGUUAUACCCAUGUUCAUUUUUUUUUUUUCCUGAUUGUUCUUUUUUUUUUUUUUCCUGAAUUCCAUACAUGGGUUUGGUUUAGUCUGGACGUCCUUUUAAUAUACUGGCCUCGAAGAUUAUUUUUUACCUUGACUUCGCCUUGUUCCAUAAGCUCGCCAAAAAAUGCCAUCAUGACCUCAUAAUAAGCCAUUAACGCAAAAAUAUCGUCUCAAGUAAUCUGAUUCCCUUUUUACAAAACCAACAACUUAAUUAUUUACUGAUAUCAAUUCUGACAAGCACACAUAAACAGGGCGAAGGAAGAACAAUGAGGAAAUAAGAAAUAUAAUACUUAAACAACUGGAAACAAUUUCUUGUGUCAGUAUUCUUAACGUGCUCCUUAAUUAACAGAUGUAUCGUCAUCAGAACCCGCAGUGAUACCAACAGCAGUUUCCACAACUUCACGAACUUCAACAAACCAGCCUUCUCAACAAGGUGCGUAACUGUCUGCGUCGUUCCUUCAUCUUUUAUUGGACUCGUUCUUGAAUAGAUGAGGAGAAGUGUUACGUCAUGUUACCAUGGUAGCAAAAUGUUUGGAUCACAGCAAUGGGGAGCCUAAGUAACGACCACGGCGACGGCAACAAAAACGGUUAAAAAUCCGUAGGUUUAUGUUAGCAAAACAACAACUUUGCACGUACAUCAAGCUUUUUAGCCAUCGUUACAUGACUGCGAUAUGAAACUUCCUAAUUUCACGAACCCGCUUCAUGUACUAAGUGAACACAAUACAAAAAUUUUCGUUUUCUUUUUUGAAACAAUGCGAAUUCUAUUUUUAAGUGAAUUUUGGGUUUGUUGUCAUCCAAGGAUUUUGCUACCAUGGCAACGUAAGUAGCGACUUCUUAUCUCUAUUUGGUCCUACUUUGGAGCGACAUUGGCGCUGCAACUGAUUCAGACGGGGUACCGAGUGUUGAUCCUAACCUUGAUUUCAUGAGAGCAAGGCCAGAGUCCCAUGCCAUAUUUUUGCGCAAUAAUUGAUAAUUUUAGCCAGAUAGCGAUUCAUUUGAAUCAUUACAUUCGACAUUUUCUUGCUCUUUUAAUGUCUCUAACUUUUCGGAAACAUGGCUCACAAUAUGCGACUGAAGUGCCCGCUAACCAGCCAUUGACAGAACAAGGAAUACAGAAGUAUUCCUGGCACCGUAAAUAAGUAUAUUUUGUAUUCUUAAAGCAAGAUGAGCAAGAUUGUCCUUCUUUACCCGUCAUUUUCCUCCAUUUAAUGUUCUGCGCUUGGCAACUACGUUAAAACGAGCGGAAUUGUUGGAAAGCAAGAAUAUAAAUUUAAAGUAUGUAUAAUGUUUGCCUUAGGUUCGCCACUUGAGAGGAGCGCCGUAUGAAUCACCUGCCUCUCCAGUGUCGUAUAAUGCGACAGACUGUGUUGAGUUUGGCGUUUUUGCCACACUAAAUUAAAACUGCUGUACCAAAUUGAUUCAGACGCGGCCCUUUUGCGGUUAAUUCAUCAGUUAGGUUCGGCACAUGAGAGGAGCGGCGUCUGAACCGAGCCUUGAUUAGCUAUUCGUUAUUCCCCGUGCUCGUAACAUUCAUCAAAUCAGUUUUCAGAAUGAUGAUAAAACGAGGAACGGGAAAUGAGGAACGACCAAAGGGAACGGGAAAAUGAAGAAUGGGAGCAAAACUUAAGUUGAACCCAAGCCCUAUCAGUAAAUUCAUUACCCAUUCUCUUUCUCGUUCUUAUUUUCAUUUUUCCGUUGCCCUUGCUCAUUACCCGUUCCCGGUUCCUUGUUUUAGUAACAUCGGCUAUUAGGAGGGACAAGAGUAGCCCGCAAUCCUAAUCUCCAGGUUGUUAUUACGUAUGCACCACACGUAUCACUGACGCGUAUAGAGCCAUCUUCGUUUUGACUUCCACAAAACGCAGUUUGGACUUCUGUCAUUUGUAAUUGAAUCACACCUGUUUUGAGCAUCUGUCACGUGACUCCUAUACGCAAUGCACGGCGUUGGAGCAAAGCUUUUUGACCUCCGAUCGUUGUCGACCGCACUCCGUAACCUUCGGUUAUUACUAGUUUCAACUAAUGUUAUGUCUUUGGUUUUCCUUUUUCUAUUGUUUCUUAAUUCAGCUUGUCAACAAGAUUGGAUUUGCAACGGGACGUCAUGUUAUAAAUUGGUUAAGUCAUCAAGAUUGAGUUGGGGAAAGGCAAAGGAGGAAUGUGAAAAAUGCAAGGCCGGAUUGGUAAAGGUUGAAUCUCUUGAAGAAAAUGAUUUCAUAAAAACGAAGCUUUUGCCCACCAGAAAUAACGGUAGUUACUGGAUUGGACUUUCAGACUCUGCCAAUGAAAAUGACUGGAUGUGGACGGACGGAACUAAAUUGGAUGGAUACAAAAACUGGGGAGAUAACCAGCCCGACAAUAACAAAAAACAGCAGAAUUGUGUAGCAAUACAAAUAAGAAAAUCCGAUCCAGACCAUUAUGGGAAGUGGCACGAUCGACGAUGCUCUCAGCAAAGGAAAUACAUUUGUGAAAAUCCAUAG